AUGGAGACUCCUGACUGGAAAGGACCUACUUUUGAAAAGGAAGUGGUCACUCCGCUUGAGCGCGAUAGACAUGGCAAAGGAUACACCGACGAGACCGACCCGGACGAACCGAACGGAACCGUAGUCGAACCUAAGGAGGAGAAGCCAAAGAAGCAGAACUCGUCGUCCUCCAGGCGGUCCCCCAGGAGCAAGAAAAGCCACAAGACGUAG